AUGGCAGAUAUAGCCAGAUCUAUGGAGAUGACUGCAGAGAGAGGUGGCCUACUUGGCGCUGGCGCUGGUCCAUUUCAUAAAGUAGGCGUCAAUUGCGAGCUAUCACCCAAUCUUGGCUGGCAGGGCAGCUUGGACGAGAUGGACAACCAAUCUUGCUAUGCUCGUAUCGGGAAACAUGGUCAACCCCAGAUUGAGAAGAGCCCGUCUCUGGACUGUGCGCUCAUGAUCAAUCUGUAUGGCUCUGAAGGCCUCCCUGGUUCUGUUCUCAAGGUACAUGUCAAGAAACGGAUAGGGCAGGAGAAAAGCUUUACAGAAUGGAUACAAAAGAGCCUUUUCGCUGCCUAUGGGGACUCGCAAAUUAUCAGCCUAGGCGGAGUUUUCUUGAUUAGAUCUGGCCGUGCCUACUAUCACAUCAUACCUGAUUUCCCGUCCGAAAAGGAGUCACCCUUCCAGGACUUCACACAGCUCAACAACUGGUUGACGUAUCACGAGUUUGAUGGACCAAUGAAAUUAUUUUCGGUCUUACAUUCUGCCGAUCCUGGUAAAGCACUUGGUCUGCGCAUGGAGCACACUCACGGGUACUGUCCUUCUGGCAAGGAUGCUGGGGGCCACUAUCACUAUGAGAUUGACAACCACGAUGUUGAUAUUGAGUAUGAGGCCAUUGUGUUAAAAUAA